AUGUCAGAUUUACUGAAAGAGCACAAAAGAAGCAAGUCCAGAUCUCGAGCAAGGCAAAGUAAAGCAGCCCAUGACCCAAUCAUAUCACCUCCUGGCACUAAGUCAAGGAAGACAGCAGAACGUCUUAGGAUUAUUACUGAAGAAGAAAGGAAGAGAAGGGAAGGCAAAGAAAUUUGCGCCAAACAUGGUCAAAAUAUAGUUGCUUUUGCGCGUAAAACUGGUAAAACCUUAUGAGAGAAUUGAGUCUUCAAUGAAAGGCACGAUAAAGUGGUCUUCACUGCUACAGUUGCUAAAGGAAUCCACAGUACUCUUCGAACGGAGCAUGAUGAGUUUGUAGAUCUAGCAAGGAAAUGGUUGCAGAUUGACCCACAUGCCGUCAAAAAGGAAAUAGAAAGAAAAAUAAGUAGAUUCUUCGAUAUCUACCGUAACAAAAUUAAUGACCUUGAGUCCCUAGUAGUGGAUAAAGUCAUGAAGUCUCAAAACCUUGAGAAACUGCUUGAGACAACCCAGCUUGAAGAUGAAGAAUCCAAAGAGAACUCUAGUAAAAGAAGAGGAGAUAUUGAGACAAAAUAUGAAGACUUCAGGGAUGAAUUUGAAGAUAAAAUCAAAACAUCUAGAUUUACUUAUAUCUGCCUCAACAAGGAGCACUUUGAACAAGGCAUUGAAGACAUCAAGAGUGACAAUGUCAUGCUUGAUAGGAAGAUCAGAAGAGCACAAAAGCUAAUUGAUUCCAUCUUUGACUGCACUGAAAAUGAGGAAAGGAUUCAUAACAUUUUUAGUCAGCUUACUUCAGAUCUUAUGAUGGUUGAUGAAAAGAAUCCAGUUUUCCCGGAAUUUACAACAAACUCUGUUAUAAAUGUCACAAACAGAGAUAAGCAAGAUGACCUGAUUGCAGAUAGGAGCAGGGAGGUAACCAAGAUGCAGAUAGAACCCACCCAGGCGGUUUACCACUCUGAAGAGAUGAACUCCUAUUACUUCGUGACAGAUAACAUACUCAAGGUUAAGGAAUUGGAUGAAGAUUACUAUCAAGAGCAGAAGGUCCUAACCUUAAAGAAUUAUCUCACAAAAGUCAUCACAGUACCAACAGAGACACUCAAUAGAGUGUUUAUCAUUGGAGGUUCCAAAGAUGUUGAAGGUAUUCAAGCCAUCAAUGACACCUAUGAAGUUGAUCUCGAGAAUAGAUCUCUGAUGCCAUGCCAAAGAAUGAGUGAGCCUAAACUCUCUGUUGCAGCAGGACUUUCACCAGACUGCAAUUUUAUUCUCACUGCAGGAGGCUCUCUUGGGCAAAAUACGCCUACAAACUCGUGCGAAAUGUUCAAUAUUAGCCAGAUGAGAUGGCAAAAGCUUCCACCCCUGAACCUCCCCAGAAUGACUGCCUCCUUGAUCAUAUGCACUAACUCUAAUGCUUAUUGUAUUGGAGGAAUCGAGAGUAGUCCAGACGAUCCUUCCAUGUUUCUUCCACUAAAAAGUAUCGAAUGGCUUCAAUAUGAUCAACCUAAUUGUGAAUGGGAGACUUUAAAGAUCAAGGUGCCCUUCAAGUGCUCAAGCUCAGGCGCUAUUUGUAUGGGAGACAGACAUUUUAUUAUCUUCGGUGGCUGGAACAAAGAGCCUCUUGCCAAGUCUGCUUACGUUUGGUAUAACGAGCUACAUGGCUUUAACAUCGAGCCUCUGGGAAAUCUUGAAAAACCAGAUACCUUCACUUCUUCUGGGCUCACUAAAAGGGAUGCAGCUAAUAAGACUAGCAUUAUUUUUGGUGUAAACUACUGUCACCUUUAUGAUGAGCAAGAGGAGAAGUUCACAACUAUCCCUCUCAAACAGGAUGAUGACGGACCCAACCAAGAAGAGACUGAUGAAGCUGCUGGAUCAUAA